AUGCAACGGGAGCUUUUUCGAGCCCUAAUUUUUCAGUUGAUUGUACCACUAAUCUGCGUCUUUUCCCCGAUGGGCUUUUUCUUCCUCGCCGCGGUGACCGGGUUCGAGGACUGGAACUCGGAUAUCGUCUCGGUGAUGCUGAUGUUUGACCCGAUUCUCGAGCCGCUGGUCUUGAUGAGCUGCCUGAGAUGUUAUAGGGCACCGAUGCUGCGCUGGUUCCAUUGCGAGCGGAAGCAGGUCUAUGACACGGCUGCUUCGGGCCGACUGGAUGCCACGGCUGACCCUGUGCCGUACGUUGUUUCUCGGAAUCGGCUACUACAUUUUGAAUUGUGGGACCUGGACGGCAAACUCGUAUAUCACCUUAUAUCCGGAUCCGGAAAUUCUGGCAGCAAACAA